AUGGCUCAAUCAUCCGACGAUAAGAAACGGCCGCCGCAUGUCCGACACUAUCCUCUCGACAUUCAUUUACCCUUCGAAAACUACGAGCACCGCCGUCUUGUCGCCCGCGACAUUCUCGUCAACCGUAUCAUUUCCAAGUUCCUCUUCCCGGGCAGCAAAGAACUGGCCGAAGCCUACGAUGCUCAUCGCAGCAAAGAGAAUGGCCUCCACAACUUUGCUCCUAUCAAGAUUCACGACCGAGCUUUGGCAAGGGAUCUUGAGCUACUUCGAAAGAUGCUCACCACCUGCAGCAUCACUGACGAUCACUUCGAGCCUCUCUAUGCCUUCAAGCACAUUAAAGUGGUGUCUCAUGGACGUGUACAAGGCGGCCUUACACGCAAAACUUGGCAAAUCCCACUGGCACUUGAAGAGGAGGGAAAGGUCCGUGUGACCGUCGGAGAAGAAAUACAGGACCUGGUGAGGAGGCACUAUCUCGAGACAGACGACGCUUGCCUAAGGCUGUGGCUACAGGCCAUCCAGACACCCAGACCGUCCUCAUACGAUACCCUGCCGAAAGGCCCACGAGAAGAGCAGAGUCACAUUGCGUUGGCUCAGAAGCGCAAAAAGCGUGACGCCAUACAUAUUGGAGAUGAUGGGAAAAAGUGGUACCCAGAAGACACUCAACACCUCGCAGCCCUCCAGGCGCAGCUACAGGCCACGCAACUAACCCCUUUGCAUGAUGGAGGUGCAUCUAUUCCCCGGUUGCGACAGCCUCUGCUUUCUUCGAGAGCGGCAAGGAUCAAGUACCUGGCCACCAGCACUGAUAUGAACAGGGAUAUCCUGUCGCUUCACCACGAACACUUUCGAGACCGCAUCAUGGAUAUGGUAUACCCGUGGCCCGAGGGGCAGGCACCAAGACGAGUCUUGCAUGUCCCCUCAUGGAACUGGCGUUUUAAGAAACAGUGGCUUCUGGACAUGUCAUCGUCGAUUCCAGUCGAUUUUACGAGUGGGAUGACCGGACGGGGACUUGAUCGCGACGGGAUCUGGUCCACGUCCGCGUGCAGGGAUGGCAUCGUCGAAAGGGGCAGACAAGCUAGGCGUCCACAUCGGCGAGCGACAAGUGAGCCGCCACAUGGCAUGUUCACCUCCGCCCAUCUUCCGCGGUCGUUCAAUCACUUGAGGGGCUUUUUGACGUUUCCGCGGAUGGGACCCGUUACGAUGUACCAGCGCAGCCGUCGAAGAAGCCUAAGCAGAACGCGGAUCGCCGAGAUGUUUGACUGGAACACCCGUACCAGACAGGACAGUGAACACGAAAAGCAUCAGAAUAAUGCACGGAAGGAUAUCCAGAAUAGUUCUGAGGAAUUGUCGUCAGCCCAAGAGUACUCGGCACACUUGUAUGCUCUCAGUCAUCGUUUAGAAGAUAAUAUGCUCUUCUACGGCAUGGAUAUCGAAACGGUCGAAUGGGCGGAGCUCAACAAGAUGCUGCACAAAGUCUUUGACGAGAGCAAUCGGUGCGAAUUUGGGACACAUCGGUGCCCAAAUUGCGCAGUUCAGCAUCUGGCUGACUGUCCAAAGCCAUGCGGAUUUUGCGGCGCACCAAGCCCUGACAGUACCUACGUUGUAAGUGAGCUUACCUUAUCUCGACCGAAAGUGUUCGCCAAAUUCAUAGAUGAAGAACAUGGCCAAGAGGCGGGUGAGCAUGGGAACUUUCACACGGCACCAAACUGCCCUGUCGCGAAGCACAAUAGGUGUAAGUGCGGACCUUUCCCUCAGUAUCACGUCGCGGCAAAGUGUGCUGUGCUCUGCUCGCGGGAGUGCGGCAACACGUACCCGCGUGGGCACUUUAAGCACAAGAACGCCAUGACCUGCAAGGCGCGCUGCUGCAUGUGUGGCAUGAAGGGCCACAGCGGCUCGCAGUGCAAGCUGAAACGGUGUCGCUGUGGCGUCGCGCAUCUGGGCCAGGACUGCACCUGGAAGGUCGAAUGCCACGUCAAAGGCUGCUAUAGAUUUCUCUGUGGGCUUCACUGUGUGGAAUGCGGCAUGUCGAGAGAGAAAUUAGAAGAGGGGAUGAGGUUCGAGGGCCGGAAGUGUCCUGCCUGUCUGGAAAGCACUGGCUUAGCCGAUGGUGUGGCCGCUCAGAGUACAGAGGACAGUGAGGGUGAGAUUGAAGAGAAUUCAAGCACGAGGCCAGUCCACAAUGGGAGCCAUCGGUCCAGACGAAGAAACUACAGGAAGAAGAGAGGUACCAAGCCUAUCGUCAAAGAGGAGGAGGAGGCAGAGCUACCUUGGUACACCCCGCUGCAACCGCGCACCCGACCGAUCGUUGUAUCUAAGUCGGGCAAGAGGAACGUCUGGAAAGGGCCUGCCAAUGUGUCCUAG